AUGUCCGCCUCCGAGCCCCGCAUCGUCGACAGCCACGGCCAGACCCUCGCCCCCGGCUCCGGCGCUAACACCGGCUCUGCCACCCCUUCGACCGCUGUUCCGCGUCCUGCGGGAGGAGCUGCUGGUGGUGCCGGUGGAACCUUUGGCGUCAAGACGGGUCUUGCUCAGAUGCUGAAGGGAGGAGUUAUCAUGGACGUCAUGAACGUUGAGCAGGCCAAGAUCGCUGAGGAGGCCGGCGCUGCUGCCGUCAUGGCUCUCGAGCGUAUCCCGGCCAACAUUCGUCGUGACGGCGGUGUCGCCCGUAUGGUGAGUCUCUCAGCUAUCGGUGAGCCUGCGAUCGGUCCCCGCGCAGGCUAUCGGUCACUCCUCCGUGCUCUGUAG